AUGGGUGACUCUCACUACAACAGCAGCUUUACUACCACCAGUGCUUGGAACAUCACCGGCAGCGGCCCGUGGUUGUUGGCCUUCAUGCUGACCGUCAUCAUCCUCAUGACCAUCUGCGGCAACAUUUUGCUGAUCGCUGUGGUGUUCGCCCAUCGCUCUUUGCGUUGCACCUCGAACUGCUUCCUUGUUUCUCUGUUCCUGUCCGACCUCAUGGUGGCACUGGUGGUCAUGCCCCCUGCCAUGCUCAACGUCCUGUGCGGGUCCUGGGUGCUGUGGCCAGCAUUCUGCCCGAUUUGGCUCUGCUUUGACGUCAUGUGCUGCAGCGCAUCCAUCCUCAACCUUUGCGUGAUCAGCCUGGAUCGCUACAUCUUUAUAAUCUCGCCACUGCGCUACAAGCAGAGGAUGACCCCACCUCGGGCGUUGCUCCUGGUAGGAGCUGCAUGGGGUUUGGCGGCGUUGGCCUCCUUCCUGCCCAUUGAGAUGAAAUGGCACAGCUUGGGCCAUGGGAGUGGACACUCGUCGGUUUCUGGGGGCAGCAGUAGCAACAUGAGUUCUUACUCUGACACCUUGUACCCUUCAUCCUACUUUCAACUGUCACCGUCUGGAGGCCUUUCCUUCCAGUGCCGCCUGCAGGUCACCUUGCCCUUUGCCUUUGUAGGGUCUGUACUCACCUUCUUUUUGCCCUCCAGUGCCAUUUGCUUCACUUACUGUCGGAUCCUUCUAGCGGCGCGGAGGCAGGCCAAGAGAGUCGCCGCCUUGAGCCACCCGCCACAUCCGCAUCCCUCUCUAGGGGAACCUUCCAGGCCUCCCUCACCUGGGGUUGCAGGAGGGAACGCUCAGCAGGACGGGGAUGACUGCAGUCACCAGGAACCCACUGUGUCACAAAAUGUACCGCCAUCAGUCAACAGCGAGCGGCGCCUGGCCCACAGACAGGGUCGGAGGGCCCUGAAGGCGAGUCUGACACUGGGAGUUCUUCUUGGACUCUUCUUCAGUGCUUGGCUUCCAUUUUUCAUCACCAACAUGGCCCAGGCAGUGUGUGAGUGCGUCCCCCUGGCGCUCUUCGACGCCAUCACCUGGCUGGGUUACUGCAACAGCACGAUGAACCCCAUCAUCUACCCGCUCUUCAUGAGAGACUUCAAGCGAGCUCUGGGCAAGCUGCUGCCCUGCUGUUCUUCACAGUCACCCCGAAGACCCUCGCCAGCGCUCUCCCUUUCUCUCCGUAACUCAGGAGAGCCCAUGAUCGCCAGCGACCCACCCUCUCCGCUGCCCUCCGACCCCACGAACCCCCCGGCUACCGCAACUGAUGCCGUCAACCUGCUGGAUGCCGAGCACGCUGGCAUCGAGCUGCCUCUGCUUCUGCCCAAUCAGGUGGACACCCUGGACUGAAUAACAAAUAAUAUGUGAAUGCUAAUAUUUGGUGACAAAUUGUGAGGUAAAAGAUUUAGGAAGAAAAUAAUACAUUUUUUAUUUUCACAGAAAAAUGUCUCUAGACAAAUUCAAUUAAAUAUGUUUGAUCAGUGCCAAGUAUACAAUAAAAUCCUGAGGCUCUAUGGAAAGGAGCACAAAAGAAAGGCUUGAAGAAUACACAUUCACUGAAUUAGCCACCUCCUUAUGGAAAUGAAAUUACUGUGAUAAUAUCCAUAGCAACCAGGCAACGGAUGAUAAUUAGAUGGAUGAGAUGAACAGAGGUAUCACCUAUUUUGAAGCAUUCUCUUAAAAAAUCUGCAAAAUCACUUAACAAGUAUUUGAUCUCACAUUUAGUCACUAUUUACAGCUUGUAAAAAAUGUACUUCAUUAAAAAAAAUGUUUUUAAAUUAAUAGUAAACUAACAUUUUGUAGUUAAACAAUGUGGGUUUCACUCGAGGCUGCAUUACGUGUGCAUCAACCCUCUAGCCGUUCUUGGCAUGUCAGUGGGUUGAGAAUGGGAUGAAUAUCUUCUCAAACAAAGCUUUGAUGCUGAAAAAAAAACAUUGAGAAGCCGGUCCACAAACAUGCUCUUUACAAGUCUGGCUGCCUUUGUUUGUGUGUGUGCUCUGUAGUCCAGUGUGUAUCAUCCCAGCUCCAUGACACGUGUUCAUUAUCCUCUACAGCCUCCAAAGGGGCAUUGAGAGCAGACACUUUGUCUCCAUUAAUUGCAUUUUCCUCUGGAGUAAGCGGUAAAUUGUUCCUGUCUGAUUCCGUUUCAUUUAAUGAGUCCAGCAGGUCUGAAAUAUCAGGGAUAUCCCACCCGUCGCCCAGUUCCUCUGUCACGUCUACACUUUUUCCUGCACAGGUCUCCUCAGCUUGUUUUUGUGUCUCUUUUGUCUGGUUUGUGUCAAGGGUUUGGUCGGGGAUUUCAACUGUCCCCUGUGUAACUAUUACAGACUGAGGAAGAGCAAAGGAGGCUCCAGGCACUUCUUUGGUGGGAACUCCUACCGCCACUAAGAUUGUGUCCAUCUGACGCAUGUAGUCCAAGUGGCCUUUCACCUGGGAAGAAGAAACAUGGUAUUACUUUCUCUGACUAAAAGGAGGACAAUAUAGAGUGGCGCGGUGAUGACGUAGUUUUGGAAGUUAACUCUGAAAUAGGCUCCGCAAGGGCUCCCUAAACAAAAACCGAUGAGAUUUCUUUUAGGUAUUAUGGAAAAAAAGUUCCUACAUGUUUGGUUCAGAAGAAUAACCUUCACAUAUUAACACCACUUUAUUGUUUUUUUAAACGUAAAUGCAGAUGCCAGGAGUAAAAAGUUAACAUUAGGCUAUAAACGAGGAACAUGACACAUGUCACAUAAACACCGCUAAGCUAAAGGCAGCUAAUGUUUGGCUAAUGACGUAAAGUAGUUUUUCAACCAAGUCAACAACCAUCGAUCUUAAGGCACGUAAAAACUUCAGAAAUGUAAAUGUGUGGUAGUUCAAACUAAGAGUAUCUUAAGUAAAUAGCUCACGUUAGGCUAUUAGCGAACUACAUCAGGGUUGCAUGGCUGCGCAUUGGCACCGCUAAUCUAAAGGUGGCUAAUGUUUGGCUUGUUGAGAUUUAGUGGUCUCAUUAAGUCACAUUAAUAAACAUAUUUGUUUUUCUGA